AUGGAGGAGGGCAUGGAUGAACAGCGUACUGAUAUUGCUACCGUCUUGUUGUAUGAUGAACGGUGUUGCACGGGAUGUUUCAUUUGUGAGGUCACCAUCAAUCUUCCAAGCAACAAUCACAGAAAGCCUAAUACACAUCUAACCCACUGGCCGACAUCUGCAAGCAACGAAGGAGCUUAUCCUUACAUGUCGCUUGCAGGGAUGCGAGUGUAA